AUGAAGUUGAUCAUUACAGGAAAUGAAUUAUUUCUAGAUAAAUAGGACACAAAUCAUGAAGAACUAUUGCUGACUCCACUGAAUAAAAUUUUUGAUUUUCAAAGACUGUCCAACAUUGAUAUAGAAUUGGCUAACAAAUUGAAAGAAUUUGAGCAGCUGGAAAAGCUAAAAGAACAACUCAUGGAGGCAAAAGUUGUGGAGAUGUCCUAUGCUAUAUCUGGUCUAGCUUCUUCCCAUUCUGAUAAACAAGAUUUCACUUCUGUAAAAACUUAG